UUUUUGACAUUUCCGAGUUUCCUAGGUCCGACUUGUAGUUGAACGCGGCUCAAGUGGGGUUCGGCGAUUUCUAUUGGAGAAGCAAAUCUCUGCCUAUCUUCAUACUGUACUGUCUUUGACGUAAUUUGUAUCAGUUUGGAUAUGCGGAAAGUUGGAACUUCGAGUUUCAUUUGGUCAAGAGCGGUUGACUUGAAAUUGACCCACAAAAGUAGCUAUCAAGAUUCGAUAAGAAGUAGACACAUAUGAAGAGCGGUCUGUGGGGACUGACAAUAGUGGAAGCGAAUGAAAACAUGUAACGUUAGCUAGCUAUAUAUGUCUUAAUGUCUUCUAUCGAAUUAAUACAAUUUACAGCGAUACGCUAGGUAACGUUAGCCUGAUGUUGCUAGCUUGAAGUUGAAGAAGUGGAGACGAACGCUUAGCACUAUAUAUAUAUUUUUUUAAGUUAUAUUUUAGAAAAGUUAAUAUUACUCCACUGGAAAGUUUUGCUUAUGAGGACUCCGAUUCGGCGUCGCGUGGAGCAGUGAGGACCGAACCACCACAGUGAUGUCAGCUGAUGCGCUCAACCCUACCUCUCCCAACCCCUCAGUGAUGUCAGCUGAUGCACUCAACCCUACCUCUCCCAACCCCUCAGUGAUGUCAACUGAUGCGCUCAACCCUACAUCUCCCAACCCCUCUGUCUCGUCCAUCUCUCUGGUUGAGAUCAAGGCAGACACUCGUCUGGUGCUGAAAGCUUUCCUCCGCAGCGCACUCUCUAAUCCUUCAACCGAGCGGCUUGGGACGGUGGGGGGAAGCUACAAAGACCACAACAAGUACAGUGCAAAGGAGUCUAGGAAGCGGCCGGACAAUGGCUGGGACUCUCUGGAUGAAGCAAUCAGCUCAGUGGAGGAGAAGAAACACGGCUUGAAGGACCUCAUUAAGAGACGACUGCAGCCACGGCCCUCCACCCUGCCCCUCCGUCGCUCAGCUAAAGACAGCGGUGCAGAACAGACACAAAAUGGUGGCUCCUUGGAGAAGGACGGAAGACCAAACCGAACCAACCCAGGCCUGCCAGGCUUCUUCAGAGACCAACUCGAGGAAGAUGUUAGGUUCCCCUCUAUGUCAGAUGAAGAAGGGAACGAUCCGAAACAGCAGAAAAAGGCAAAGAAGUUGAAGAGCCAGAUCUCCUCUUUCUUCAGCAUAAAAAAGAAGCCAGAAAAGGAUAAAGACAAGGAUGAGACGCGUCUUCAGAGGCCAUCCACACUGACCAUCAGCGUAGGGCCAGUACCCGUGGCGCCAGUCAUCUCUCCCACACACCCUCCUGAGUUCUAUGAGGAGGUGGCUGAGACUCUGGACAGGAUUGCUCAGCGGUCCCACAGUAUGAAGAGACCCCAAAGGCCCAGCCCACGACCCAGCCCUGCUACCACCCCGGUCAAACCUCCCCCUGAACCUGACAAAGAAGAAAUGGUGCGCCAGCUGGUCCAGGUACUGUCUAUGGAAGGGGAUGCCAUCAACUACAAGAUCCAGUCGGACCCCUUCCUGCGCUCCACGCUGAACCGUCUCUCAUACCCGUCCUUCGCUAAGCUCCUGGACACCUUCGCCAGCCAGGAACAGGCCACGCCCUCACCUCUGCCGCCUCCUGCCAGCAGCCCCACGCUGAGACGAGUGGCCGUCACCAUGGAGGUGUCGCGGCGUGUCGUCACAGCGACAGGGAUGCAGCGCAUGCAGGGCUACGCAGAACGCUAUAUGGAGAACUUUGCCCCCUGGGUGAAGAGCCAUGGAGGAUGGGAAAGUAUUGUCCAGUUGGAAGAGAUUUUGGAGUGCGACUGACAACCCUCCACCAUCAAGGCAGCUCGGAAAUCCUCACUACUUCCUUUUAACGGUGAACUCUAAUCUAUGACUAAGGCCUGGAGUUGUUUCCUAUCAGGUCGGGUACAACGCAAGGCCCUUCCAGACCUCAGUUUCUCCUGUGUUGAGAGACUGAGAAGGAGUUCGCUUUUAUAACGUGAAUUAUGUCACUUGUAUUUGUCUGAGAAUCAUGUGUACUUGUACAAUUCUUUCUUUUUUUAUCAACAUUUUUCUAUAAAUGUGUUUUACAGAAA